GAAAUAUAAUGUCCAUGCCGCAGUACAAGCCUCCGAAAGACAUUCAAGACUUGUUGGACAAAAAGGAACAGCAGCAAACUGGUCAGCGCCGUCGUACAGCCGUGCUGCCCAAGCGCUCUUGGAUACAACGAAACCCGCGACUGUUCCAGAUCACUUUCCUGACGAGCUCCCUGCUCAUAUUCUUCUCCAAGCCAAUUUACGACGCGUUCAUAGCAGAUCCCUUGCCUCCCACUGAGUUUCGUGUGCCGCCGCACAAACGUUAAGGAAUGGAAUCGGUGCGCAAAGCCAACCAAC